ACUGCCUGGGAUGGGUGGGUCGGGCGUGUGUCAAAGUGAAGGAGGAAGGGAUUGUGACAAAACGCCGGUGGCAUGUGGGCUGCAGGAUCCCGGAGGGGAGUGAAAAAUGAGCCCGGGGCUCUAUCUGUCAAAGGCUAUAGCCACAGGGCUGCCAGUGUUAAAGUAUCCUUUGUCACUUACUAGUGAAUUAAAGAUGUCCCUUUAAAACUAAAACAUGAAAAACUGGACCUAGCCAAAAAAUCGUUGGGGGUUGGGGAAGUAUGCUCACACUCUCUGGUCCUGGGGUCCGGGUGUAUGUUGGGGUCGGGGCGCAGUUGAAACCCUGAGAGCAGGAGUGUGCCCCCCCAACCCCCAAUCGGGGUGCCUAAGAGUGGAAGCGCUGCUGGUUCGGGCUCGGGAGCCCGGGAGCCUACGGAGAGGAGCGACCGCGUUUCGGCUGCAGUAAGCGGCAACAGCCGGACCCCGUGUGACCGGCGCCACCCGGGCCAAGGAGCGGGAUUUGCUCCGGAAAAGGCGCCGCCGCGGCCGGGGCCGCCCCUCCCCAGCCCGGGCUCCCGGCCCGCCCGCCGUCCCGGCCUCGCUGCGCGCCAGGAGCAGCUCGGCGGCGCGAGAGGCGACUGGGAGCGGCGGCCAGGCGGGCUGCAGCUCGGGCGACCGCGGAGGCGGCGGGCAGGGCGCGUGCGCACUGCAGGGGCGCCAGAUUUGGCGGGAGGGGGAGUGUCCAAACCUCUUUGUUUGAUGGCAUCUGUUUACAGAGUUACACUUUAAUAUCAACCUGUUUCCUCCUCCUCCUUCUCCUCCUUCUCCUCCUCCUCCUCCGUGACCUCCUUCUCCUCCCCUUUCUCCGGAGAAACUUCGCCCCGGUGGUGCGGAGCGCCGCUGCGCAGCCGGGGGAGGACGCAAGCAAGGCGGAGGGCAGCAGGAGGCGGCAACCGGUGCGGUCCCCGGGGCUCUUGGCGGAGCCCCGGCCCGCCUCGCCAUGGCCCGGAGACCCCGGCACAGCAUAUACAGCAGCGAUGAAGAUGAUGAAGACAUUGAGAUGUGUGACCAUGACUACGAUGGGCUGCUUCCCAAAUCUGGAAAACGUCACUUGGGGAAAACUAGGUGGACCAGGGAAGAGGAUGAAAAGCUGAAGAAACUGGUGGAGCAGAAUGGAACAGACGACUGGAAAGUCAUUGCCAAUUAUCUGCCUAACCGGACAGAUGUCCAGUGCCAACACCGGUGGCAGAAAGUGCUGAACCCUGAGCUCAUCAAAGGUCCCUGGACCAAAGAAGAAGAUCAAAGAGUGAUAGAGCUUGUCCAGAAAUACGGUCCGAAGCGCUGGUCUGUUAUUGCCAAGCACUUAAAAGGGAGAAUUGGAAAACAAUGUCGGGAGAGGUGGCACAACCAUUUGAAUCCAGAAGUUAAGAAAACCUCAUGGACAGAAGACGAAGACAGAAUCAUUUAUCAGGCACACAAGAGACUGGGAAACAGAUGGGCAGAAAUCGCAAAACUGCUGCCAGGACGGACUGAUAAUGCUAUCAAGAACCACUGGAAUUCCACCAUGCGUCGCAAGGUGGAACAGGAAGGCUACCUGCAGGAGCCUUCCAAAGCCAGCCAGACACCGGUGGUCUCUAGCUUCCAGAAGAACAAUCAUUUGAUGGGCUUUGCUCAUGCCUCACCUCCUCCAACUAGCCAGUCCUCAGUCAACGGCGAAUAUCCCUAUUAUCACAUCGCUGAGGCACAAAACAUCUCCAGUCACGUUCCAUACCCUGUCGCGUUGCAUGUAAAUAUCGUCAAUGUCCCUCAGCCAGCUGCUGCAGCCAUCCAGAGACAUUAUAACGAUGAAGAUCCUGAGAAGGAAAAGCGAAUAAAGGAAUUGGAGUUGCUCCUGAUGUCAACAGAGAACGAACUGAAGGGACAGCAGGCAUUACCAACACAGAACCAUACUUGCAGCUAUCCCGGGUGGCACAGCACCUCCAUUGUGGACCAGACCAGACCUCAUGGAGACAGUGCACCUGUUUCCUGUUUGGGAGAAAACCAUGCCACUCCGUCUCUGCCUGCAGAUCCUGGCUCUCUACCUGAAGAAAGUGCCUCGCCAGCAAGGUGCAUGAUCGUCCACCAGGGCACCAUUCUCGACAAUGUUAAGAACCUCUUAGAAUUUGCAGAAACACUCCAGUUUAUAGAUUCUUUCUUGAACACUUCCAGCAACCAUGAAAACUCGGGCUUAGAUACGCCUACUUUACCCUCCACGCCUCUCAUUGGUCACAAACUGACACCGUGUCACCGAGACCAGACUGUGAAAACUCAAAAGGAAAACUCCAUCUUUAGAACUCCAGCUAUCAAAAGGUCAAUCCUCGAAAGCUCUCCCAGAACUCCCACACCAUUCAAACAUGCCCUGGCAGCUCAAGAAAUUAAAUACGGUCCCCUGAAGAUGCUACCUCAGACCCCCUCUCAUGUAGUGGAAGACCUACAAGAUGUGAUCAAGCAGGAAUCUGAUGAAUCCGGAAUUGUUGCUGAGUUUCAUGAGAAUGGACCACCGUUACUGAAGAAAAUCAAGCAGGAGGUGGACUCACCCACUGAGAAAGCGGGAAAUUUCUUCUGCUCAAACCACUGGGAAGAGACCAAUCUGAGCACCCAGCUGUUCGCUCAGGCGUCUCCUGUGGCAGAUGCCCCAAAUAUUCUUACGAGCUCUGUUUUAAUGACACCCGUAUCAGAAGAUGAAGACAACGUUCUCAAAGCCUUUACCGUACCUAAAAACAGGCCCCUGGUGGGUCCCUUGCAGCCCUGCGUUGGAGCCUGGGAACCAACACCAUCCUGUGGGAAGACAGAGGACCAGAUGACGGCCUCCGGUCAGGCUCGGAAAUACGUGAACACGUUCUCAGCUCGGACUCUGGUCAUGUGAGACAUUUCCAGAAAAGCAUUAUGGUUUUCAGAACACUCAAAGUUGACUUUUGACUAUCAUUCUUCAGCAUGGAGCCCUCCGUGACUGAGGGGAGAUUCUAUUUUUUUGUUGUGGUACAACAGUUGAGAGAAGCACCAAGUGCGUUUUAGUCGCGCGAAAUCUGACUGGAUUUCACCCGACUAAAAAGGAUUUUUAAAAAAAAAAAAUUUAUGAAUAACAGUCUUACCUAAAUUAUUAGGUAGUGGAUUGUAACCACUUGUUAAUAUCAUAAUCAGAUUUUUUAAAAAAGAAAUGAUUUAUUUGUAUUUAGAAGAUCCAACAGAUCAGUAUUUUUGACUGUGGUGAAUUUUUAAAAAAAAAAAAUUUACAAAAAGAAAAUCCCAGUAUUCCAUGUAUCUCAAUCACUAAACACACGCAGAGAUAUUUUUUAAAAACCAGUAAAAGCAUUAUUAUGAAUGUUAGCUAAAUACCAAGUAAUACUUAACAGAACCUAUAAGAACUCAUUUGUGGUUAAUAAUUCGGGAAAUACAUUUAUUGUACUAAACCAUCUCAUGAGGAGAAUUUUGUUGUUAGCUUGCUUGAAAAAUUAUUACUGUAUGAAAUAGUUUUAUUAAAAGAUUAUAUUUUUAUUCAGUAAUUUAAUUUUGUAAAUGCCAAAUGGAAAAAAAAAUGUGUUUCGCUGCUAUGGUUUUAGCCUGUAGACAUGCUGCUAGUGUCAAAAGGUUGGUAGAGCUUAGAUGAAAAAAAAGAAAGAAAAAGAAACUUGGUGUUAGAUAAUGGACUAUGCACUAGUAUUCCAGACUUUUUUAUUUUUAUAAAUAUAUAUAUAUAUAUAUAUAUAUACCUUUUUCCUUUUGUAAUUGGAAAACUUAUUUGGGAGAAUUUUGCAUUUGUUGUACAUUUUCGUUUUUUAGAAAAAAAAUUUUUUUUUUGUUACUGUCAGUUUAUAAAAGCAUUGCACUUCUUUUCCUUUUUCUUUGGGAGAUUUUGUGUUGUUUAUGUCGAAUGUUGUGUUUUGAGUUCGGCCUGAAUGUCCGUCCGUUUGGGCACUUUCUGAGUUUGAUCAGCAUUCCCUGUAGAUUUCUAAGUGUAUGGCUCUGGAACUGCCCCGUGGCUCCUGUUUACAGGAAAGACUGCGCGUGGAAGUCAAUAGCCAGUUUCUGCCUUGAGGACAUUUGCAAGAAGGCUGGCCUUGAACUUCUGAAAAUGACGGUGUACCUACUGCCUUGUAGGAAAAUAAAGCUAUCCCCUUAUUUACGUA